AUGAAGGGCAUCCAGAUUACGGAAUACGUCAAGGGCCCCGAGGAGCUCAAGGUCGUCGACCUGCCCGACCUCGAGAAUGAAGACGCCGAGUACACAAUCAAGGUGCACGCCGCCGCGGCCAACUUUUUCGAUAUUCUCCAGAUCCAGGGCAAAUACCAACAUCAACCUCCGUUUCCCUGGACCGCCGGCGUCGAGUUCUCCGGUGUCGUCGUCGCCGUCCCCAAGGACCCCGAGACCAAGCCCCUCUACCCCGUCGGCACCCGCGUCUUUGGCGCCUCGCAGGGCGCGUACGCCGAGUACGUGCACGCCGCCGAGCAGACCAUCCUGCCCGUCCCCGAGGGCUGGUCCUUCCAGGACGCCGCGGGCCUGUUCGUCACGGCGCCGACAAGCUACAGCGGUCUCGUCCAGCGCGCCGGCAUCAAGAAGGGCGACUGGGUUCUCGUCCACGCCGCCGCUGGCGGUGUUGGUAUAGCUGCGGUUCAGAUCGCCAAAGCGUUUGGCGCCACCGUCAUCGCCACCGCCUCCACGCCGCGCAAGCUCGAAAUCGCCAAAAAGUUUGGCGCCGACCAUGUCAUCUCGUACAACGACCCCAACUGGCCCGCGCAGGUCAAGGAGCUGACGCCCGAUGAAAAGGGCGUCGACAUUGUCUACGACCCCGUCGGCCUCGUCGACAAGUCGACCAAGUGCAUCGCCUGGAACGGCCGCAUCCUCAUCAUCGGCUUCGCCGGCGGCAAGAUUGAAAAGGUCGCCAUGAACAAGGCCCUGCUCAAGAACAUCUCGCUCGUCGGUCUCGCCUGGGGCGCCCACUCGCUGCACCAGCCCGAGAUGGUGCCCGUUGUCUGGAAGGGCGUCCUCGACCUCGUCCGCGAUGGCAAGCUCAAGGGCACGCAGUACACCGACGAGGCCUUUGUCGGCCUCGACCGCGUCAAGGACGGCCUCAAGGCGCUCGGCGGACGCGAUACCUGGGGCAAGGUCAUUAUCAAGAUUGCGCCCGAGGCGGACAGCAAGCUGUAG